AUGCUUGCACAUAAGUAUUGGCGCUAUUUCAAUCAAAGUGAUGUCAAUCAUAAUCAUCCGUAUUCAGUUCAUCUUGAUGUUUUCGCUCUUAACAAGAACAACACUGUAAGAGAAAUUGGCUCUUGGCAUUAUCUAAUCUAUUUCGACUAUCUACCAGCUUUUCGCUUGGCUGUCGUAUUGAAAUUCCCAUCUUGGCUAGGGAAUACAACACUUGAUCCUUGUUCUAAUAAAUAUUGUAAUGAGAAUUCCACUUGUCUUCCAGUUUUCAACCACCACAACUCGCAUUAUUGUUCUUGUAAAAGUGGUUACUAUGGAAUAAAUUGCAGUAUGUACACGCCUCUUUGUGAAACAUAUUGCUCAGUCAAUUCGUUUUGUCGGCCUGAUGAUUCUGAUCGACAAGCGAAAGAAAAAGAAUUUUAUUGUAUCUGCCCAUUGGAUCAUUUUGGACCACGUUGCAAUUUGAAAUACGACAAUUGUGAUCUCAAUCCAUGCUUGAACAACGGAACUUGUUUUUCAAAAUAUGACCCAAAUGGUGAAAAUUCCUAUAUGUGCCACUGUUCAGAACGAUUCCAUGGACAUCAAUGUCGAGAUGAGAAGAUGUCUAUUUAUAUCAAUUUGAACAUGACGAAAAUGCUGAUCGCUCGUGGAACUGUUGUUCAACUUUAUUCAUAUUUCCCAACUGGCUUUCUGCUUAUCGCAUAUCAGAAAAGCUAUAUUGGAUUGCCAUCGGCAAUUAGUUUCUACCAUCGUAGUGACUAUGCACCUCCACUUGGAGUUCUCAAAAUUUACGAAGAUCUAUCACAUCCACAAUAUUUUCUCAUAUACUUUUGGAGAAAUCAAUCAAAGAUUAAUAUCACAUCAUCUCCACAACACUGUCCACAUGCAUCAUUACUAUUCUCUGAAGGAAUCAAUCCAUCUGUUUCGGCCGUCUUCAACUAUCAUCACAUCUGUCACAAUAAUACUCAACGUGUCUGUUUUCGAGAUGAAAAUUAUUUUUGUAUUUGUCAACAAGAUCACUAUCGUGCUGAAUGUUUCAUGCUCGAUAUUGAACAUGAUUUUUGUUACCAAUGUUUGUCUGGAGGAAAAUGUCUUCAAGGUGAUCUAGAAGAUCCCAACGACUUCAUUUGCCUUUGUCUCUCUUGUCAUCAAGGACAUCAAUGUGAAUUUAGCAUGCAAGCAUUUGGUUUUACUCUCGAUUCGUUUCUUGUCAACUACUCAAAAGAAGUAAAGCUAAUCUAUGUGUCUAUAGUUUGUCUUCUCUUCAUCAUUGGACUCCUGAAUAAUUUCUGUUCAUUCGUCACAUUCAAACGUCCAACGCCUCGAAAGUUUGGUGUCGGUAAUUAUUUGUUGAUUGUAAGUUGCCUCAAUCAAAUUUCUUUGGUCUGCUUGCUUUUCAAAUUUAUACAAAUUACCUUUGGAAUUGCUGAUAUUGGUUCAUGCAAAGUGAUUUCUUAUUUUUUUUCAGUGAUGACUAGAUCAACUAACUGGUUGACAAGUUGGAUAACUGUUGAUCGUCUUUCUAUGAUUCUCUAUUCAAGUUCAUCGGCUCUAAAAAACCCUCGUCUAGCUCUCGGGAUCAGUUUUUUUACAUUGAUCGUACUCUUCAGUAUGCACGUGCAUGAAAUAAUCUAUUACACAAUAAUUCGAAAUCGUGCCACUGGUUCAUCAAUUUGUGUAACAAAUUUUGGUAUCAGUUCAGUAUCUACUUACAAUCGAAUCUCUACUCUCAUUCAUUAUCUCUUUCCAUUCUUCAUUCAAAUCCUAUGCAUCACUUUUUUAAUUAUUCUGGCUGGACGUAGUCGAAUGAAAGCAGUUGGACGUAAGAUAUCGCUUAGUGAUAUGUUAAAAAAGCAAUUCAAGUCUCAGAAAGAACUUUAUGUGACGCCAACGAUCAUUGUUCUUUCUGCUUUUCCACAAGCCAUUCUUACAUUCAGUUUUGCAUGUUCACAAUUAAGUAAUUCGCAAAAUCAUACACUGCUUGGUUCCUAUCUACUUUCAUAUGCACCACAAAUUCUUGGUUUUAUUCUCUAUGUUCUGCCAUCGACUAGUUACAAGGAAGAAUUUUAUAAAACAUUUAUUGGUAAAAUGUCUUCGAAAUGGAUGUUGAGCAAGAAAAAGAGUAAGACUACUAUUAUGAAGACGAAAAUAAAAACAUCAAAAUAA